AUGCGCAGUGUGGAGCACCAGAUGGUCCAAUCAGGUAUUUUAACAGACACCAAAACACCAGAGAGUGAUUCACCAGAGAGUGAUUCACAGAAGAUGGCGACCGCUCUGGUGAUGACGACUUCAGUUCCUGCUAAUCCUGAAAAGGACAAAUGUGAAGCAAUCAUUCAAAAGAUUAUGAGUCCUGAAUCAUACAUCAAGCAUCCGUUACAAAACAAAUGGGCCCUUUGGUUUUUCAAGAACGACAAAAGCAAAACAUGGCAAGCCAACGUUCGUCUCAUCUCCAAAUUUGACACUGUGGAAGACUUCUGGGCAUUAUACAAUCACAUCCAGCUGUCAAGUAACUUGAUGUCUGGCUGUGACUACUCGCUGUUUAAGGAUGGGAUUGAGCCCAUGUGGGAGGAUGUACGGAAUCGACGAGGUGGCCGCUGGCUGAUAACUCUGUCCAAGCAGCAGCGUAGAGCAGACCUGGAUCGGUUCUGGCUGGAGACGCUCUUGUGUCUCGUGGGUGAAGCCUUUGGCGACCACAGCGACGACGUGUGCGGAGCCGUCAUUAACGUCCGAGCCAAAGGAGACAAAAUAGCAAUAUGGACCACAGACUACGAAAACAAAGAUGCCAUCACACACAUAGGGCGUGUGUACAAAGAGAGGUUAGGCGUUCCAACACGAGCGGUCAUCGGAUACCAGUCGCACGCAGACACGGCCACAAAGAGCGGCUCCUCAACCAAGAACAAGUUUGUCGCCUGAGGAUCAUCAACCACGCCUUUUUCUGUUGCCAGCAUAGAUUUACAGUCAUUUUUCCGUGAAUGUAACUUACAUAUUUAUCCACUAACAACCACUUGAGCUGGAGAUAAAAUUGAUUCUUUUCUAUUUGCCUAUUUGUUGCCACUUUACCAAAGCUUUUUUUUGUUUAUGGUGAGGGUACGUGCCGUUAAAAUGUAGCACUAUCGUCUUGUUUUGUGGUGGUGGGCUGAAGAUGAGUAAAAGAGGUUUUGAUGCCCAGAUUUAAUUUUCAAAUGCAGUUGCAUAUUUGUGGAGAAUUUAUUUAAUUUAUCCUCCCCUUAGUGUAUGUCAAUUAUUUUCUUAAAAUAUUUAACAUUAAAGGCAAAAAAAACAAUGUAAAACAUUUUCUACUUUGGUAUAAACUGUAGCUCUCUGUUUGUAUUGUAAUGCCAGUUUACAGAUUUAUUGCACAUUUAGUUGCACAGUAUUUCAUUGUGAUUUAACCCACAUCUUCUGAAAGUGACUGAUCUAACAAAUUGAUAGAAAACGUUUGAAUUCAGCAGUCAGGGAAGUUUUGACAUCAUUGUGCAGUUGUUUUUCAGUUUAACAAAUUAUUUAAAAGUCACUUUAUUGCCGACGUUGCGAAUAGGAGGUCUUACUUCAAACUGUUUAGUUACUAGCUUGUGCAGUAUGGGAUAUGUGAAGAGUUGAAAUUGGGAUUUUUAGGGAAUAUAUUUAAAGAUACUCAUGGUGCUUCAUAAUGAGUGUCUAAAGAUUUUGAAGUUGACUUAUUUUCCACUCGUUCACACCAUUAUGGAUCAGGAAGCGUAGUUACAAUAUGCCUCAGAUUUAUCACUUGAGCAAAUGUGAGCCAUUUCUACCUGAGCACAGAAAGAUGUCAGUCAUGAGGAUAUUUUCUAAAUAUAAAUAUUGUUGGGAAUGUGUUUAUUUCUUGUAAGUGCACAAGCCAUAUUACAGUGUACAAUGUUCAGUUAAAAACAGUUUACUUGAUCGAGUUUUGUUGAUCUACUGCUUUGAUACGGUUUACAUAGUGUUAUUAGUUCCACUCCAGAUUUAGUUUUGUAUGUGGCAUAAGCAAAAAUUGAUUUGUUUGAAGAGCUUAGACUUGAAUGUGCCUUGAAUGUAACACCUGCCCCAUAUUUCUGAGCAGUACAUGUACAAAGGAGUGAUGUAAAUAAAUUAUGUAGAGUGAAGUGGGUUCUCUUAAAACAA